AUGCAACCUCUAAAUCCCUUCCUCGCAGCCUUCUUCCGAAGCUCCCUGCCGACUCAGUGCACCCCAGUGCACCACCACGUCCUGCUGGUUCCGAGCACCGAUGCGCUCCUCACAUCUAGAGAGACCGACAGCGGCUCCUCCUCUCAGGAGGUGAUCGUUUCGGAAGACUUUCUAGCGAGCCAUGUACUCCGAAUACCUGGGACGGCCAUCUCGGCAGCGGGCGGGAAGGAGGCUGCGCAGAACCUUCGGGAGAUGCGGGGCAAGGCGAAGCAGUAUACCACAAUCAACGGUCGCACAGUCGUCAUCAAGGAUACCCACGUGUACAGCAACAAAGGCUUCAAAUCCCUUGCGCAAGCGCAGCUCUUGAACGAUGCCAUCUGGUACCCUGAUGUCCUGGAGCCUAGACCAUGGCUCAUCUAUUACAUUACGAAACCGCUAGUUGGCAUUUGGGAGGAGAUUACCAUCACACCAGCAAUACUCGUCGACGGUGCGACCAAACGGGCCAUGGCGUUGAGCCGAGCUGCCAACGCUGCUGCCAACGACGGCGCCAUGCUGCCGCGGAAAAAGGACAUCAAGAGCUUCCAUGAGCUUCUCAACCAGUUUCCCAUCAUUGCACGCCAGAUGCAGCCUGGCCUCGAAAAGCUGUUCUUGGAAUUCACCAUGGUCUUUGAGCGCCCGCUACCUCCGCCGCCAUCCGCCUCUUCAAUACCAGACCCGCUCCCCGAUGGACCGAUCGCCUCGGCCAUGAAGAAGGCUCGGUCAAGCAGCAUGUCCACCCCCCGAAACGGUAUGAUCGGUCCGAAAUCCGUGCCUGUUACUGAGCCGUUCUAUGCCGAGGACGACGAAGAUGUUAUGCGCGCCUCAUUCGAGACAGCCGUCACCACUGCCAUUGACCUGUUCCAGGCUGUCGACAAGCAGCAGCUGUCCAUGCUCGGCGCAACUACCGACCUUACUGGGCCAAUCGUGGAACGGCUGAUCGAGCGCUAUGUGACGGAGAAUGUGCAUCACCUCAUCUUCCCGCGACUCAGCGCCAUGAAGCGACCCUACGAUCUUGAGUUGGAGGCCAAAAUUCGCCAGAUGGAAUUCAUCGACCUGUCACAGCUCGGCAUCGGCAUUGAUGGCGGCCCGAGAGUGAAGCACGAUUUGACUAUACACCUGGGGCUUGCCGUCGAGGAGUUCAAGAAGAUGGGCAGCGCCAUGAGUCCCCAGGAAAUGCUCGAGCUGCUGCUGUCCACGACCAAGAUGGUGACGCAACUGACGGCCGUGGGGGAAGCCAGUCAAGCACAGAACCCGUCUUCCGAAAAGCCUACGACACUCACAGUCAACGCCGAUACGCUUGUGUCUCUCCUGCUAUUUGUCGUCAUUCGCGCGCAAGUUAGGAACCUGCAGGCCAGGCUAAUUUACAUUCGCCAUUUCAUCUACAUCGACGAUGUGGAGAACGGCGAGAUGGGCUAUGCACUAAGUACCUUUGAAGCAGUCCUUGCGUAUCUUGCUAUGGACUCGGGAGGCCUUCGACGGGCGAGCCGCCGAAACAAGGCUCUCUGGGAUGCUACCCGGAAUGGCAAGAUGGACGACCUUCAAAAUAUUAUGGAACCAGAGCCCGGCCGUAACGUGCAAGACGAGGACGAAGAGGAUGAACAUGUUUUCUGCGACUCGCCAAUACCAAGCCGGCCAUCUUCCAGUUGGAGCGUCACAAAUGGAUCAUCACACGGAACAUCCUCUCGGAGACCCUCUACAGCUGCGUCAUCAACCGCGCGAUUCUCAUCUGGGUCUGGUUUGAGCCAUGUAUUUCCCUUUGAAGCCGGGAGCGAUGCAUCAUCGUCAUGUGUCGACUUUGUCAUGCCACCGCUGGCCAGGAUAAAGAAGGUGGCCAUGGAUACGAGGAGCAUGUCGAGCAGCUCCGAAAUCUCGUACCAUUCUCGAGCCGCAAGCAUCGGAACCCUAGGUAGCGCUUUGGAAGGCGAUGUUACGGUCGAGCGCUUAUCACAAACACAUGAUCUGUUCGGCGAAUCCGUACUCAUGAUGGCUGUGCAGCAUGAGAGACCUGAUGUGCUCCGGUACCUGCUGUCGCUCAACGAGUACUACACCAGCCAAAUUGUCCUUGACGACAUCAACAACGAAGAUACAACGCUUCUCAGCGCCGCUAUACAAUUAGGUCACACGGAACUCAUCGACACGAUCCUCGAUUUUGUAGCCAAGGCGGCGACGACGGAGCAAUUAUCGCGAUACCUCGCUUCGCAAGACAUAUGGGGCCGCAGCUGUGCGCAUUACAUGUUCCACGCGCCCUACCUAAUAGCCAAGAUUGGCAAAUUGGUGCCCUGGCGGCAAAAAGACAAAAACGGCCAGACGCCGCUAUUUGCCCUCUGCCGCUCGUACGACCACGGAAAUUACCUCGAGAUGGUGCCGGCCGGCUUGGAUGCGGCCACGGCAGCGCAGGCUGACGGGCAGCCGCUGCAUAUUGACGACCACAUUGACGGAAAGGGAAACUCACUGCUCCACAUUGUCAACGACCCACAACUGGCGCUUCGGAUCAUGCAACAGUGCGACGUCGAUGUCAAUGCGACGAACGACAAGAAGUUCACGCCACUCAUGGUCGCUAGCAAGUAUGGCAGGCUUGACAUGGUCCGCACACUGUUUGUCGACCCUCGGGUCGACACUGCAGCUCGGGAGCUCCGUGGAUUGACGGCUGUUGAGCUAGCCAAGGAUGACGAGGUGAGGAAUAAGAUUGACGAUCUGGCGCUGUUCAGCAUGCCGCCAGGCGCCGACGCACGCAUCACAGGUGUCGUGCGGGCGUACUUUGUCGAAGAUGCCACCGUCCGGCUGGUCUUAAAGUCGGCUGCGCCAGCUGACCACCUGACAUACACGGUCACCACGAGCCGGAGGUCACUUUCGGAUUUUGAGCAUCUCGGCAAUCUGCUGGCGCUGGAGAACCCGGCUUCCUGGAUACCGUCAGUUGCGAACGCCAGGUCGCCAUUUCAGAUCCCAUCAAAACCGUCAAGGGCGGUGUUGCGAGAUAUCCAGAUUAGGACUGACUGGUUUCUUCGCAUCAUGCUUGCGCACUCGACAUUCUCGACGCAUGAAAUGCUGUGGGAGUUUUUCCUGGUGCCGGAUAUCCAGCUGGACAUGAUGGACCAGCGCAGCAACCUGAAGGCAGAGACGAGGGCGGAAAAAGUGCGAGAAGAGCUGGAGCCAUUGGAAGACGUUCGCGAAGUCGAGCAAUUCAUCAACCACGCGCGAGACAUGAUUCGCAGCGUCAAUUACUCGACCAAGAGCGUAGCUCGACGGGCCAGCUCCGUGGCCGUCGUUACUUCUGAUCUCCAUGAUGCCGCCUCGCUUUUGCAUCGCGCAGUAUCAACAUUGCCGUUCCUGCCAGAAGCGCACCUGACUGCCCUCGAGGCCUAUGUCCGAGUGCUGGCGCCAACACAGCUCAACCCUCCGACGGUGUUUCACGGCUCGCUGCUGGCCCUGCAAACAACGGUCCAGGCUCUGCUAUCGGCAUUGUCGCGCCCGCCGGCGCUCAUCUCGCAGAUUGCCACGGCGCGCAAGACGAUCGAGCGGAACUACAACUCUCUCAGCCGAUCAUCCAGAUGGCCGUUGGGCCUCCUCGACGACACGAGGCAACGCAUGAACGAGGAGAAGGAGGAGAAGGCCCGCCAGUCGCAGGAACAGCUGGACAAUCUAGGGCGCGAGCUGCGGUACACGCAGCAGGUGGUGGCGGGCGAGCUCGCAGGGUACCAGGAGACGCACGAGAAGAUGGGCCGGCACGCGAUCCGGCAGUUUGCUCGCGGCAUGAUCAUCCAGGAGCGGAUCCGGCUGGACGGCAUGACGAGGCUUCUCCGGAAGCUCCGCGAGGCCAAGGGCGAACAAGUCACGCAGCCGGGCGUUUCAGGUGGUGCGAGCAGUGCUGAAGUGAGUCAAGCAUCAGAAGACCCGGCUGGUGCAGCUGCUCGUGAUGGCGCAGAUGCAGGCGGACCUGAGGUGGCGAGCGUGCCGGUCUGA